ACGUGUAGUUUUAGCUUUUACAAUUAAGAUGGCAGAAAAAGUGUAAACUAAACUAGCCUAGCAAAAAUUAUACCUCAGAAGAAUCUUAGGAAUUUCACUAAAGAAUGACAUAUAGUUAGCAAAAUGGUUUAUCAGAAACUUUGGUGGAAGAUGUGAUGUAGGUGUUGGAAAGAAAAUUACUGGAUCGCCCAUAUGGAGCCUAAUUUUGAUUUACAUGCAUAUGAGCCCCCAAUAUCCCUAUGGAGUAUUGUGGAACAGUACAUCCCAGUCCAUGAACAUGAAGAGAUAAAGGGAAUGCUAGGGGAAUCCCUAGUGGACCAAAGCCAAGAACUUAGGAUUGAGAUUGACACCCUCCUGGAUAUCUGGAGAGACUAUCGUGAUGAAACCAAUGAGAAUAGUAAGGAGAAACUUCCAGAACCACCUGGUCUGAGGGAUAGGCUUGUGCAGGAGAUUCAGUUCUUCAUAGAAAAUGUCAAAGAGAAAUCCAAGUUACAGGGAAUGGACCCUGAACGCAUCUUAACCACAGGACACAAUGCAGCUGUGAUAGAUUAUGCAAUGGAAGUCAACAGGCCAAACUCAGCACGAGGCUCCAGGCCUUCUACUGCCAUGUCUAGAGAGGGUCGGGACACACCCAUGAUCUGUACCCCGACAGGAAGUGAUAAGGCAUCAUUUGCUUCAACACUAAGUGAAGAAAUUGAAUCCAUGACAGACAAGCUGAAUUACCUUAAGUUUGAUGAAGUUGUUCAUCAUCUGAAGAGUUAUUUAGAGGAUGAAAUCAGCACUCUUUUGAAGGAUAUUCAAUUCCUGUAUGAAUGCCUGGAUGAGGAGGCAACAUACAGAGCUGAAAUACAUGGGACAUUUUCAAGGGAGCCAACUAUAGCAGAGUUACAGACAGAGAGAUCUAAAAUGGAAAAGGAGAUGCUGUCAAACAAUAUUUUACCACAACCUCCUGUCAUGAGGCCUUCUCCAUUCAACUCUCUAAAAAAAUUCUCUUCUCCACAAGUGUCUUCCUUCAAGAUAAAGAACACAAAUCCUAAGUCAGGAUCUAGUCCCCCAGGAAGAGCAAAUAGCCCAACUGGAACACGGACAGACAAUGCUUGUGAAAAGGUUAACCCUAAAAGUAGACCACUUAAAGUGUCACGUGAUUUAUCUGGCAAGAUAACAGACAAACUGAGUGGUCCACAUGGAGACAUGAAUAAACAGGGAUUGGUGGGUAUGGUAAAAGUGAAUCCACCCACUUUAAAAACUUCUAGUGUCGUGAGUUCUUCUCCACACGUUGUGGCUCCUCCUAGUUCAGGGAAGCCUGUCCGACCCUCCUCUGCAGACAGGUUCAGGAGAAUGGGUGAACAACAAGCCCUUCUCAGUGAAUCGGGUGUCGCACCUUCUCGUCUGCCUGUCUGGAGGAAGUUGUGCUACGCAGUCGGUGGACCACCUUAUCAAAUCACAAACACAGUCAUUAAUUUUUUUCUGAGCAUAUUUUUACUAGAAGUAGCAGAGAUACGCCCUUCCUACGUGGCAAUCAUCGUAUUUGGAGGCAAAGUAUGGGAUGCCAUCACAGAUCCCCUCUGUGGUUAUUUCGUCAACAACACACGAAGCAGAUUUGGACAGUUUAAACCAUGGAUACUCCUAUCCACACCUCUGGCCUGCACCGCGUAUUUUUUUCUAUGGUACGUUCCCGAUUUCAAUGAGGAGGCAAAGCUUGCUUGGUACUUCAUCUUCUACUGUCUAUUUCAAGGCUUCUUAUCGGGAAUACACGUGCCGUACACCUCUCUGACGAUGUAUAUCAGCAAGAACCAACGCGAGCGAGACUCUGCAACAGCCUAUCGAAUGGUAUUUGAAGCACUAGGUGUGUUAAUGGCUGCUACAGUGCAAGGAGUCUUUGUGAAUUCUACCAGGGUCGCUGGUAAUUGUGAAAAAGAUGGGGACGAAACUGUAACAGCGACCCCUGAACAAUUAAAUGAUGAAAAGUGGUCUUACAUAGAAGGGACCAUUGUCGUCAUUUGUGUGUACAGCGUGUGUGCUGUCGUCUGUGUAUUAGGAACGAAAGAAUGCGACGACGUUAUCGAUGGAAGGCAGGGCGGUUUUUUGACUGGGCUUCGGGCGGUUCUGACCUUCAAACCCUACAUCCGACUCUACACCUGCUUCCUGUUCCAGUCGUUAGCCAUAGCCAUUGUCCAAGGGAAUUUGGCGUUGUUUUGUACCCACAGUUUAGAUCUGGGGGAUUAUUUCUCCACAUUCAUUAUAAUUUUACUGGUGUCCUCAAUAGUUUCCAUGCCAAUCUGGCAAAUGUUGCUGAAGAAAUUCGGCAAAAAAUCCACAUUUGCAGCAGGGAUGAUAUUGUUCAUACCGAUACUUAUAUCCCAGCUGUAUAUAGAUGACAAUAUAUACCUGUACAUACCAAUACUGGUGUUGGGGGGCUUUAGUAUUGCUGUUGCCCUUUUGUUGCCAUGGUCCAUGCUUCCUGACGUGUUAGACGAAUUUAUGCUUGUUACAGGAGAAAGAAAAGACGCCAUCUUCUAUUCUUUCUACGUAUUCUUCAACAAGCUGGCGGCAGGUCUAGGGUUGGGGCUGUCGCAGGUGGCACUGCAGUUGGGUGGUUAUAAGAGCGGGGCCUGUGAACAGUCUAAGGAUGUUGAUCUUGCCCUCCGUCUGUUGGUUGUGCCCGGGCCUGUCGUUUUUGUCCUCAUUGCACUUCUCUUCCUGUGGGCCUACCCCAUCGACGAGGACAGACGGAUGUAUAACAAGAAACGUUUGGAAGAAAUGAGGGAAAACAACGAAAGGAAGCCGGACUCCCCCAUUCCACCAGACGAGUACAUCAAAGACCAAAGUUUGAGCUACGAAAGUGUGAUAGUGACGAGCACUGAAAUCUGA